GCAAAGCCAUGAGAGCAUUCAAGUCCCUGCAGCAGAGGAGGAAGGAAGGAGGAGAAGGAGGACUCAGCCCCCCAAUAGGUUGAGCUAUGAACGGCUUGGAGGACCAGCAACUCAACCUUGACCGGUUCGGCUCUCAUGCUAGGCGAUGAUGCGGAAGAUGAAAGCGAGGAGUGCGCUUUUGCCUUCUUCUCUCCGGUGGAGAUACCGGGGGAGCCUACAAAUUCCAAGGAGGCUUGGGAGGGCCCCAAUGGGAAGGAGUGGAAGAAGGCCUCAGAUGAAGAAAUGGGGAGCAUCAUCGAGAACAACACGUUUGACUUGGUGAACCUACCUCCGGGGCGGAAGGCGAUCUCUUCCAAGUGGCUCUUCAAGCGCAAGACCGACGCCGACGGCAACAUCGAGCGCUACAAGAGCAGACUUGUAGCCAAGGGGUAUCAGCAGCAAGAGAAGAAGGACUACAAUGAAGUGUAUGCCCCUGUGGUGAAGGGUACAGCCCUUCGAACCCUCUUUGCCGCGGCGGCCAUCAAAGGAUGGGUGGUGAAGCAAAUGGAUAUAGUAACGGCCUUCCUCAACGGCUUUUUGGAGGAAGAGACCUUCAUGGAGCAGCCAGAGGGGUACAAUGAUGGGACUUGGGAGAGCAAGAAACAAGUGGACCAAGCAUUGAGCUCGGUGGAGUCCGAGUACAUGGCACUCUUCCGUGCCAUAAGAGAGGUUGUGUGGUAGCGGCGUUUGCUAGCUGAAUUGGGGGAGGAGCAGCAAGGACCUACCCCACUCUACUGUGACAGCCAAGGUGCUAUUGCAUUGGCUAAGAACCCCGUUCUUCAUGGCCUUACCAAGCACAUGAAGGUGAAGUGGCAUUGGGUGAGGAGCAUGGUAACCGCGGGUGAAGUGGAGUUGCACUACGUGAAGACGACGGCACAGCCAGCUGAUAUGAUGACCAAGAGGCUGGUUGAGCAGCAGCAUUGGAAGUGUUGCAAGCUUGCUGGGAUGGCUCUGAACUAAGGGGAGCAGAUUCUAAGGCCAACAAUCCGAGGGGGAGUUUGUUGGUGCAAUCCUAUGGCUUGCACUCGGCUUGUCGUCCUUGUUUGUGUGUGUGCAUGCAUGGCAUGGAAUGAAUUGUGAGACUAUGUCAGUGCUAUCUAGUGCUUGUGUGAAUGUUUGAAUGGUGUAUCACAGUGUGGCUUGUGUCCGUCAAGACAUUAGCGAGUUUUUACAACUCGCAUGUCAAGUCGUCGUUUGUGUGUCGCAUGUGUUUUUUCUAUUUUGUCGAGUGUGAAGUGUCCAUCGUGCCGCAGGUGUGUGCAGCAAGCCCCCAUCAACUCAAGAAGAAUUUAUCUUGCACAUCCAAGAACAAGAGCUCAAGAUUUCAAGCCCAAGGGACGCGGAUAAAUAUUAAAUAGUGAAAAUAGUAACGUUACUUCGUGUAGUGUUACAUUUCACUUGGGGUAGCCCCUUGGAGGGUUGGUUUCGAGACUCUUCAUGGUUGGGGACUCUGUGGUGGUGUACCACCAACCUGGACCUCGGCUCUUGGGGUAUGUAGAGGCUGGGAACCAUCUCCCUCUCGAACUCUUCUUGCUAAGUUUGUACUCCUAAGACUAUAGUGGCUGCUGUACCUCCUACCAGUAAAACCGCCAUAGUGUC